ACUUAACGAGUAAUAAAGAGGGUUGAAGAAACUUAUCGCGACAUACGUACUCUUUGCCGCUGACAUUGAUAGAUGUCAAAAGGAGAAACAAACAGUAAAGUAUUGAUGGUGAAGUUUAAUCAGUAUUAAAUAACAAUGUCUCAGUUAUUAAAAUUGGCCGAAAAGUUUAAUUGUUUCUACUUAUCUGCACAAAAUUGGAAAUAUUUUAUAGCCCCUGCACUCAAGGAUGAAUGUCGACCUUUUAUUGUGGAAGGGUACCAAGUGGGGCUAAUAAGAUCAAACGUUGUCACUCAUUUACUAAAAUAUCCCGAGGUUUUUAGAGUGACAAACGACUUUGUCGAAUUAAAUCCUGCAUUUCGUGAUUACGAGGAACGAUCUGCUAAAAUAGAUGACGUUUUGCGAAAAAUAAAAAAAGAGAACGUUUUCGAAGUUUUGAAUGGAUGGAGAGAGGAGUGUUAUGAAGUAAAAGUGGAAUUUGCUGGAGAAAAAGUUAUGAAAAUGGAAAGAGCUGCGACUUCCCUAUUUGGCAUCAAAAAAUAUGGGGUUUCUAUCAAUGGAUAUGUUCGAGAUCCUAAUCGUGGAUUGUGUAUAUGGUUACAACAACGAUCUAGUACCAAACAAACAUGGCCAGAUAAAUGGGAUAAUAUGGUGUCAGGUGGAUUCUCAGUAGGCUACGGUAUCCGGGAAACUGCACAAAAGGAAGCUGGUGAAGAAGCUUCGGUACCAGACAGUAUUUUAAAAAAUAUGAUAAGCGCAGGCAGUGUAUCGUUUUUCUAUGAAUCGUCGCUUAUUGGUUUGUAUGCAAAUACGGAAUUCGUUUUCGAUUUAGAACUGCCAUUGAAUUUUGUUCCAAUCAACGCUGACGGCGAAGUUCAAAAAUUCGAACUGUUAUCGGCCAACGAAUGCAUAGAACGAAUUAUAUCACCCGAAUUUAAAAUUACCAGCGCCCCUGUGAUUCUAGACUUUUUAAUUAGAAAAGGCGUCAUCACACCAGAAAAUGAACCAAAUUAUUUAAGAUUAAUAGAAUUGUUACAUGUACCACUCCAGUCGUUCUACAAGAGGCCCUCCUCAAAACAGAACGGCACCUGCGCCAAAAUACCAGAUUAUAAUACCUAAAUAAAUUAUUCAUCAAAUUAUUACAAUCAAAUUUAAAUAAUAAUAAUGAUGAUGAUAAUUUGUUGCUUUUUACAAAUACACACACAGACACACACACACAUACACAUAAAGAGAAAAGAAACGAAAUGUCUUCAUGUUUGAUACGAAGUAGU